CUCGAGGAAUAGUGCCGAUGCUGAUGACGUAAACAGCGUGCGACCUGCGACGCUGAUCAGCGUGAGUUGUUUUUGCUUCAGUUAGCUAGCCUCGUAGAUAUUUAGCUAGUUGUUAACUUGUUAUUAACUUAUAGUUUAGCAUUGACGAACCGUAUGUCGUCGUCUUCGUUUAAAGAAACAUCCAAAGUAACGAAAAUGCAAAUGGCUUGAUAGCGUUCAUAGCUCCCAGUCUAUCUUGCUAUCAAAAGGAGCUAUCGUUUGAUAGCAACAAACAAUGCCUGCGAAAAAAACUGCAAAGGAGAAGAAAAGGAAAACUUCUCAUUCAGAUGAAAGUCAUGGGGACAGAAAACGAAGAAGUACCGGAUCGAGCAUGGAGGACCUGAAAGAAGAUGUUGAGCCUCCGUGCGCUGACGAGCCGAGCGAUAUGGAGGAAGGAGGCUUGGAUUUGAGCGUUCAGUUCAAGCCGAUCAGCGCCUACGUCACGGACAGGCAGGAGAUGCUUCAGCAGUGCUUCCGGGUUCUGGGGGAGAACAAGCUGAAAAAAAUGCUCCCUGAUGAACUGAAGAGCUGUACCUUCGACGAAAUCAAGCAGCUCUGUUGGGAACAGUUGGAGCAGCUCUCGCAAAGUAACCUCAUCCAGAUUCUUGAAGGAGAGGAGGUUGCGGGUGGGUCGGAUGCAGAAGAGGAUGAGAGCGGAGAGAAGACCAAGACUGACAGCCAGCAGGACAACAAUGUGGACUCCACGUCAUCUCUCAAAGAGACUGUCGAGAUGGAGGACAUCAAGCAAGAAGGGGGCGGCUCGGGGGAGGAGAGCGACGUGCUGAGCAUCAACGCCGACAUCUACGACAGCGACAUCGAGGGGCACAAAGAGGAGGUGCCCGAGAGGGCGCAGGAAGCGGUCGAGGUCGCGGACCCCGCGCCCGUGCCGGCGCCCGUGCCGGCGCCCGUGGCGGUCUCAGCGGGGCCCGGAGCCUCGAGGCCGGCGGACCCAAAGCGAGACCUGCAGAAGGACAUCGAGAAGAGCGUGUGCGAGAUCCUGGCGCUGCCGCCGUCUCCCGCCAAAGAGACGCCGGCGGAGCCCGCCGAACCCGUCGUGUGCGCGGCUCCGGAGGCUCCUCCCCCGGCGGAGGAGGGGCUGGGGGUCGUCAUGGCGCCCGCCCCGCCUCCAGGCCCCGCCCCCGGCCCCGCCCCCGGUGCGACCCAGCCCUCGGCUCAGCAGCUGGAGCUCCUGGAGCUGGAGAUGAGGGCCCGCGCCAUAAAGGCCCUGAUGAAGGCCAACGAGGUGAAGAAGCAGAGCUGCACCUGAGCCGGGCCACCAGGGGGCGCUGCGCACAGCGGGGAUUACACCGCAAGAUGGGUCACUGAGCUGGGUCACUGAGCUGAGUAACUGAGUUAGGUGGAUAACUGAGUGGGAUUACUGAUUUAGCUGGGUCACUGAGCUGAGUAACUGAGUUAGGUGGAUAACUGAGUGGGAUUACUGAUUUAGCUGGGUCACUGAGCUGAGUAACUGAGUUAGGUGGAUUACUGAGUUAGCUGGGUCACUGAGCUGAGUAAAACCUCAAACCUCUUGGUAUCGCUUUACUUCACAGCCUCCUAAUUACCUACAAUUUACUGGGUAAAUACAGAUACGUGUAAUUAUUAGGUGACUACUUUGAUUUCAGUGGUAAGUACCACAGAAGUAAGUGCUAUGAAAUGGGCUGAUCAUAUCUACAUAGUACUUGCAUAUGGUACUUACUGACUUUGUUUCAUGAAGUCAGUAAGUUCUAGAAGUACUAUGCAAAGUCGUUUUACAGCCCGUUUCAUAGUACUUACCCCUAAAAUGAACAUAGUUGCCUCAUAAGUACCUGGUAUUUACCCAGUAAAUUAGCUAAUGAACGGUCUGCAAAAUAAAGCGUUACCCAGCUCUUUUUGUUUAAGUCCAUGUUUCAGAUUUGAGAGUGAGUCUGUGAUCUGUGGACGUAUGUACUUGAAUUUUCAAGAAUUGGGAUGCACCCAUAGUGUCGUUAAAAGACCAUAGCUGACCUGCGUAUUUUUGUUAAAUGGCUACCUGUGAUAACCCCACUCUUCGCUUUGACCACACCCUUAGACCCCACUAGCUUGAUGAGGACCUGAGGUGUGGCUAGAAUGGGGUCAAAGGAAAUCUAGCAGGGUUGCGGACAGCUGGGAGGGUUCCAGCCAUGUAUGCUUGAGGACUAUUUGAAAUGCACCUGUUCCUUUUUGAACAUCCGUUUCUUUUCCUAAAAUCCUGUUAAUAAAGCUCUGGUCAUUUGUUGUAAA